AUGCUCUCCAAGUUCCACGUCCUCGUCAGUCUCUUGUCCAUGGCACUCACUGCUGCUGCCGCAAGGGACUUCCACAACGCGGCGCACGCAGGCUGGAGCCACCCCUGUGUAGGUGUGGAGGAGAACCGCGAUGGUGCACCUGCCUUGAUCUUCGAGUGCCAUGAUAGCGGUCCGAAUCUUGGCCGCCAGUGGGACGUCGCUUUCUCUACGGGGCAGAAUGUUGGCCCGCAGCAGAUCAAGGCAUACGGUGACAAGUGUCUCCAAGUUGAAAGAAAUGAGAACACAGACGGAGCCCGAGUCCAAAUCGGCGUCUGCAGUCCGAACAACCCCAACCAACAAUGGACGGCGGAGAAGGUUUACGACAAGAAGAUCUCUUCUCGUUUCCGCUGGGGCACAACCGACAAAUGCCUCGACGUCAAGGACCACGAUGUCUACCCUUUUGUACCCCUCGUGAUUUCGGUUUGCUCCAAUUACCACUUGAGUCAGAAUUGGGCCGAUCGUCACCCCAACCCUGACGAAGUUUAA